AGCUGCGGGCUGUACGCAGAUUCAGAGCCAGGGGGUGCCUGGCCUGAGCCCUAGACCAGUGGGGCCCUCUGGUGGCCCAGGGAGAGAGGCCAUGGCCUCCUCAGACCUGCCACCUUGGGAUUAGGAACCAAAAGUGGCUUUCUCAGGCUGGGUCCAUUUAGCUGUGGCUCCUGCACCCUCCCCCAGGCCCGGAGCCCCCUGAGCUCCACUCCCACCCCAGGCCUGCUCUGGCCUCUACAGACUACGGUCCUGGUGAGUGUAGAAAUUGGGACAAGCAUUGUCAGUUUCCCUGGGGGUCUCCCCACCUUUGAACCUGACUUGGUGAGGAGUUCUCGCUCCCCAUAGUAGCUCCCCCGACUCAUGUUCCUACCUGGGAGGGGGUGAUGGGUCAUGUGAGGAAUGUACCCGCAAGGUCCCUAGUUUCAGGGCCUGAGUCCCCUUUCCCUGCUCUGUGGGUGUACAGGGGUGAUGUCCUGCACUUUCCCCAGAAGUCUGCCACCCCCCCGAACCCGUGAGAACAAGCCCCUCUCAUUCUAUGUCCCUUGACUCCAUGACCGAGGCUGCCUUGUCCACGAGGCAGGAAUCCCCGUUCCCGGUGCAGCCAGAACAAAGCCCUUGUCCUCGCCACUCUGGGCUUCUGCUGUUCUUGGUCCCUUAUCCUGUUGUCACAGGGCUAACCCUCCCACACACCUGGCUGUCUCCUGCCCCACCGCUCCUGAGCUGCUCCUGCCCCUGCCUCUAACACCCAGCACCUCUGUUCCUCUUAUCUUCUUGGACCCCAAGCCCUUUCUGGGUAACCCGAAAGCUCGGAGACAGUGACCAGGCGACCCCCAGUCUGCCCCUCUCCCUGAAUCCAGAGCUCUGUAGUCACAGUAGAGGCAGUUGCUGUCAUUCCAUGGCCCAUGACAGCCCGGCGGCCCGCAUCCCUCCCCCAUGGUCCCCUGCACAGACAGGCCCACGUGUGUCCCCAGAUGCCUGAAUCACUGCUGACGGCUGGGGACCUGAUGGCUGUGGGCUCCUGGGGAGCCACUGGGGAGGGGGUGGUGGCCACGUCUUGCCUCUGAGGGAACACCUGCGGACAUAAAUAGGGAUCCGGCAGAGGCAGCAGCACAGAGCCACCAAGCCGAGCUGCGUACGGGGCCCACCUGCGUGUACCAAGAUGCCUGACACCAUGCUGCCCGCCUGCCUCCUCGGCCUACUGGCCUUCUCCUCUGCGUGCUACUUCCAGAACUGCCCGAGGGGCGGCAAGAGGGCCAUGUCUGACCUGGAGCUGAGACAGUGCCUCCCCUGCGGCCCCGGGGGCAAAGGCCGCUGCUUCGGGCCCAGCAUCUGCUGCGUGGACGAGCUGGGCUGCUUCGUGGGCACUGCUGAGGCGCUGCGCUGCCAGGAGGAGAACUCCCUGCCGUCGCCCUGCCAGUCCGGCCACAAGGCCUGCGGGAGCGGGGGCCGCUGCGCCGCCUUCGGCAUCUGCUGCAACGACGAGGGCUGCGUGAUCGAGCCCGAGUGCCGCGAGGGCUUUCACCGCCGCGCCCGCGCCGGAGACCGGAGCAACGCCACGCAGCUGGACGGGCCGGCCGGCGCCUUGCUGCUGCGGCUGGUGCAGCUGGCAGGGGCACCCGAGCCCUUCGAGCCCGCCCAGCCCGGUGUCUACUGAGCCCCGCGCCCGCCCCUACAGCACAGACAAUAAACUUCUAGCA